GAGACAGCUCCUGGGUGCGGGUCAGUGAGCGCGCAGGCAGACAGACGCACAGACACGCACACACACGGACCGUCAGCACCGGAUCACACUGACAGCCGGCUGUCAUGUCAGUGCUAGGCCCCGCUCCCAGCAGCGCCGACGCCUGCCUCAGCAUUGUCCACAGCCUGAUGUGUCACCGGCAGGACGGUGAGAACGAGGGCUUCGCCAAGCGGGCCAUCGAGAGCCUGGUGAAGAAGCUGAAGGAGAAGAAGGAUGAGCUGGAUUCUCUCAUCACUGCUGUCACCUCCAAUGGUGUCCAUCCCAGCAAGUGUGUCACCAUCCAGAGGACGCUGGACGGACGGCUGCAGGUGGCGGGGAGGAAGGGCUUCCCACACGUGAUCUACGCUCGUCUGUGGCGGUGGCCGGACCUGCACAAGAACGAACUCAAACAUGUCAAGUUCUGUCAGUUUGCCUUUGAUCUGAAGUAUGACAGCGUGUGCGUGAACCCAUACCACUACGAACGUGUGGUUUCCCCCGCUGUGGGUUCUCACUCUGCCCUAGUAAAGGAGGAGUUCAUGCAAGAGUGUCUACAGAUUGACCUGACUCCCCAUCCAAACCCUUACAACCAGCCCCGCCCCAUCGGCGUCUAUCCCAGCAUGCCCCUGUCCCCUGCAGGUGGUGGCUCCGUGACAACCGUCGCUCUGACCGCGGCUGCUGGGAGCAGCGGGGAGAAUCAGGGCCUCCUUCGGAUUGCUCCGCCUCCAGAUCAUGGGGGUUGCACCUCUCCUCCUCAUCCAAAUCCUCCCGACAUGCCCCACCCCGCUCACCCCACCACCACCCCACACCAGCAGAGUCCCGAGUACAGCAGCCCCCCCCGACCUGGUUGGGCGGGUUCCAGUUCAGCUUCUUGCAGUCCUGUAGGACCCUCGCAGAAUGGGCGGAGUCACCAGCAGCCUCCAUUACAUCAGCAUCAUGUGACCAACAGCCAUUUCUGGUCACAGCAUCACAGUACCGCUCCGUAUCCACAGCCAGUGUCCAACCAUCCAGGUCCAGAGUUCUGGUGCUCCAUCUCAUACUUUGAGUUGGACGUUCAGGUGGGCGAGAUGUUUAAGGUGCAGUCCGGCUGUCCUCUGGUGACCGUUGACGGUUAUGUCGACCCCUCAGGCGGGGAUCGUUUUUGUCUGGGUCAGCUGAGCAACGUGCACCGCACCGCCACCAGUCACCGAGCCAGACUCCACAUCGGUCGGGGAAUUCAGCUGGAGUGUCGAGGGGAGGGUGACGUCUGGAUGCGUUGCCUGAGUGACCAUUCUGUGUUUGUCCAGAGUUUUUACCUGGACCGUGAGGCUGGCCGGUCGCCAGGUGAUGGUGUCCACAAAAUCUACCCUGGAGCCUACAUCAAGGUGUUUGACCUCAGGCAGUGCCAUAGACAGAUGCAGCAGCAGGCAGCUGCAGCUCAGGCAGCUGCGGUUGUCAGUUUGAGUCCCAGGACGAAUCUUGUGGGUGGAGUGUCCUCUCCUGUCAGUGUGUGCGCAUCAGCAGGUCUGGGUGUGGAUGACCUGCGCAGGUUGUGCAUCGUGCGCCUGAGCUUUGUGAAAGGUUGGGGGAGUGACUACCCACGACAGAGCAUCAAGGACACCCCCUGCUGGCUGGAGGUUCACCUGCACCGUGCGCUGCUGCUGCUCGACCAGGUGCUUCAUAUGCUGCCGCCACGAGAACAUGCGCUCUGAUGACGAGCACCGCUUAGUGCACUGGACGGCCAGUCAGGGCUCAGUAUAGAUGCUGUUUGUAAGUUGUAAACAUACCUCUGCUGGUAGCCGUGUCAUUCUGCCUGGUUUUUCACAUGCCACGUCACCAUUGUGUGAACAUGUGACAGUACAGGUGACAUGUUGAUGUAGAAAUGAGACCAUGUUGGUGUGUGACUUUCUAUGGCGUGUUUUUGGCCUGUCGGUGUUUCCGUGUUGACCUGUCUGUUCAGCCGUCCUCCCGAUCUGGAUCAGAGCCGUGCUGACUGCUGAUCAGGCUGCUGGACCACAGAUGUGAUCACUGAGCGGCACUGGUUGUCUGACAUCGCUUUAGCUUUGGACAUGAACCUUAAGAUGAUUUGACAACAGAAGGUCACAUCAGGUCUGAGAGCAGCACCAAUGUCACAUCCACCACACUGUUAUGCCAGGUGUUGGAUGGCAACCAUCCAGACAGAUGACCAUCCAUCCCUGCCUAAACAAAGUAACCAUCUAUCUGCUGCAGCCAGGUGAAAAACAUGUCCUUGUUCUUCUCCAGUUUCUGGGGUCCUCCUCACUGAGACACCUGUGUCCUGGAUCAUGUCCAGAGAAACUCCCCACAUAGACAAAAUGUGGUGUCUGAUGUUCCCUCACAGUAUCAGUGAUCCUCUUCAUCUGAGUCU